GAGAGAGAGAGAGAGAGAGAGAGAAGGGAGGGGGUUCUGAUCUUCUCUUGUCGGAGCUCCAAUGGCGGUCUCUUCAAUCUCUUCGGUUCUUCCCCUUCCCCCCAUCAGCAACUCCACAAUGUCUUCGAAACCAAAACAGUUGGCUUUCUCUCUACCCCAAAAUAUCUUAAAACUGCAAGUCCUAAAAUCUAAGCACUCAUUUAGGGCUUUUGCCGUUCCGGAGCUUCUUGAAUCUGAAGAAUUACUAGAACCACCACCAACAGAAACCACACUAGGACCCGAUACCUUUACGGUGGAGGGAUUCGAAACCCCUGGGUCUUCUGCUCUCGCCAUUGGUUCUGAUGUCGACAAGAUGGCACCAAAGCAGAAAAUUAGAAUUAAACUGAGAUCUUACUGGGUGCACUUGAUUGAGGAUUCCUGCAAGCAGAUAAUGGAUGCUGCAAGGACAACUAAUGCCAAGACCGUGGGGCCUGUGCCUCUGCCUACCAAGAAGCGAAUCUAUUGUGUGCUCAAGUCCCCUCAUGUCCACAAAGAUGCGAGGUUCCAUUUUGAGAUCCGGACCCACCAGCGUCUUAUUGAUAUUAUCUACCCAACUGCGCAAACAAUAGACUCAUUGAUGCAGCUCGACCUCCCUGCAGGGGUGGAUGUUGAGGUGAAACUAUGACCCGACACUGCAGCAGCAGAAGUGAAAAUAGGUAUUUCUAUUCUGUUUGAUUUCUUUACUGUUUAAAGUCUCAUGUGGUCAGGUAUAAAGCUUUCUGGAAUUUUGUAAUUUGUACCAUGCGGUUUGACAAUACCUGUAGGGUAAGAAAGUUUAGUGUAAUGAAAAAUUAAAUCAAUUGUCUGU